GUUGUUAGCGACAGUAAUGAAACCGUCGUAUGUUUAAUAAUGCAAUCUAAAAUGGUUGGUUAAAUUCAAAAUUCUAGUGCCAUGUGUAAUUACAUAGAAAAUGACAUUCGUAGCCAAACGUACAAAUGCCUUUCAACGAGGUCCAGAUUUAGUAGCUAGAAGAUCAGAAGGUAGACUUAAACUUCAAGAGUCUGCAAGAGAUACCAGAGCAUGGUCAACCGAUUGCGAAGACCGAAGGGAAUUCCUUCUGGAACUUGUGCUCAAACAACCUCGACGAUGUUCCGCUGUGGGCACAUUCAUUCCGCUUGAGGCGCUUAUGAAUAUAUACUUUGCGGGUGAAAAAGAGGAACUAGCAAGAUUAAAACAAGUAGCAGGACCAGCAGCAGGUCAGGCAGGAAGUUUAGCACAAGGACAAGCAAGAAGUCUAGCAGCAGGUCAAGCAGAAGGUCAAGCAGGUCAAGCAGGUCAAGCAAGAGUUCAAGCAGCAGGUGCUGAAGGAGCAAGUCAAGCAGGUGCUGAAGGAGUAAGUCAAGCAGAUGCUGAAGAAGCAGGUCAAGCAGGUGCUCAAGGAGCAGGUCGAGCAGGUGCUCAAGGAGCAGGUCAAGCAGGUGCUCAAGGAGCAGGUGCUGCUGCAUUGGAACUUGGACCUGAUGGUACUGGACCAGGAGGAACCGCACAUGACGAAAAUCAGGAUUUAGAGUGUGACGACUAUGAUGCAAAUGCUGAUGAUGAGUGGAAAAUGUGCGCAGAUGAAGCAAUCGAUAAAUUAUCACUACUUGAAAACAUCUGCGAAGAUCGCGACUCUUUACAGAGAGCUCUAGAAUGUGCCGAAUCGAAAAUAGAGAAUUUAAGAAAUGCCUGCGAAGCAACAGAGGCGCAAGUGAAGACGCUUAAGUGUGAAAUGCAAGAACUGGAAACGGAAGCUUUGAGGGAAAAAGACGAUGAAUGCCAAUGUUUGCGGGAAGAGUGCCAGCAAUUACAAGAUGAACUAGAAUCGGUCAAAUCGGCAAACGACAAUGCAGCAAUGGUCGAUGAAAAGUUCGAUGAUUUAAAAAUAGAAUUAGCAAAAGUCAGGAAACAAUUAUGUUGUGCUUCUAACGAAAUUGAAAAACAGAGGUGCGUAAUUCAAAAUCUAAUCACCGAACGGAACAUGCUCAGAAUGAGAAAGGCAAAAGAAAGCGACGACGAGAUUUGUAGGCUCAAGAAAAAGGCGGAAGAAGCUGAUCGACUGAUAUUCCAAAAUUGCAGUUUGGAAGCGAAGUUAGAUGAGAUGAAAGACAUCGAGAAAGAACUUAUAGUUGCAAAUUCUAAACUUGAAGAAAUGGAGAAGAUCAAACAAGAGCGAGAUGAAAUGGCCGAAAAAUACAGGAGUGUACUGGAAUUGAGAAAGGAAUGCGAAGAAAUCAAGAAGCAAUUCGAACACUACAAGGAAACAGACAAACAAAAUCAACAACUUCUCGCCGAAAAUAAACGCUGCAAAAUGUGUUUAGACGAAAGAGAAAAGGAAACAAAGCGUCUCAUUAUGGAAGUCAAAAAGCUGACGAUAGCAAGAGACCAAGGUCAAAAACAAAUCGAAGAAGGUCUAGCAAGACUUUGUUGCGAAAUGGAUAAGAAGAACCUUCAGUUGAAUCAAUCCAGUGCUCGCUUGACAAAUCUUCAGAGAGACAUGGAACAAGCUAUUUCCAGAAUUAGAUGCGAAGCUAAAGAAUUAAAAUGCAAACUAUCGGAAUUGGAAGAAGAAGUGGACGAUCUGCGAAAGAAACUUCAAGAAAAGGCGAAAAGAAUAGAUACGCUUUUAUGUGAGAUAGAUGAGAAAGAUGAAAAAAUAACUUGUUUGAAGGAACAAUUGCAGAAGAAGAAAAGAAGGAGACAGAGUUUACAGGACAAUGGCUCUUACAGUCAUAUGGGAGAUCACUUGAGGGAUUUUGCUGAGGACACUAUUCGCAUGGAACAGUGUGCUUCGGAAUUAAAUAAUGUUACCGGAGAGAGACAUCUUUUGGAAUUAUUGGAACAAUCGAAAUGCACCGUGAACCGAGUAUCAAACGAAUUAAAUAAAACAUACAAAUGUUAACACAGAGGCUAUGGCAAAAUUUUUGUUUACAUAUUCAAUAAAGAAAGGCUACCGUACAUAAGACGAGUUUGUGGUGGUUAUUGGCGGCUUCUUAUUUCAAAUUUUGGUAAGGCUUCCUUCGGAAAUUCAGCUAACUUUUUACUAAAUCUCACUGGGUUUAACAGUUUGAACUUACGAAGUUCACUUUUUCGAAAGUUUUCUUUACUAACUUCCCCAAUGACUUCAUUAAUUAACAUCUAUGUAAAACAUCUAUUGUUUUAAGUGCGACACCAAUUUACUAGGCAAAUUUUAAUUACUUUUUCGUAAAAUCAACUUGCAAGAAACUAAUUGAUACACUUACCAA